CCUGGUGGAGUUAAAACCAGAAACCAGUUCCGGGUGUCUUGACUUUCCGCUGCUGAAGCGUUUCAACUUUUCUGUUUCCAGUUUCAAAACAUGUGAAAGUGAAGUUCAACCGACAGAAAAGAAAAGCUGCGCGUGAAGGAAGUGGGAAAAGCAGGAGUUGGUUUGAAUCCGCGAAGGGCAGAAGAGGAUGGAGCAGAGUCCAGGCUCUGACGGCUCCAGCGUCUCAGAGGAACCGUCUCCUCCCAGGGAAACCAACAGUCGGAGCGACCACACCGACAGUGGAGCCACUUCCAGUCCAGAUGAAGCCAGUGCAGAGGUCCCAGAGGAGGAAGAGGAGGCAGAGCCGAGUGAAGACCCUCCAGUAUCUCCAGUGACACCACCCACACUGGGACCAGUGGUUGUCCAGGGCAACAACAAGAGCUCGGCCAGUGAGAAGCUGCAGCAAGUUCGCAAGUGGAGCAUCACCGCGUAUAAGUGCACCAGACAGGCGCUGGCGGAGAAGCUGGGCCGCGGCUCCCGCACCGUGGACCUGGACCUGGGGCCCCGUCUGGACGUGCUCAAAGAUGACAGGCAGCGGUACGACAACAUGACCAAGCUGGCUCAGACGCUGGCCAAUCAGAUCGGCCAGUUCACCGUUACCCAGAAGACCCUGGGGGACGCCUUCGCCGAGCUGAGCGUCAAGACGCCGUCGCUGCACCUGGAGUUUGGUGUGAACGCCGACGCUCAGAGGUUCGUGUCCAAGAGCGGCGACGCUCUGGUGGAGGCCAUCAACUCCUUCAUAUCAGACAUGGACACGCUGGUGAACAAAACCAUGGAGGACACCAUGAUCAACGCCAAGCAGUACGAGGCGUCCAGGAUUGAGUACGACGCGUACCGGGUCGACCUGGAGGAGCUGAACCUGAAGCCCAGAGACGACUCCACUCUGCCCAAACUGGAGCAGGCCCAGAAGGUGUUCCAGGACCAGAGGGAGCAGUAUCUGAGGAUCAGAGACGACCUGUCUGUCAAAGUCAAGCUCCUGGAGGAGAACAGGGUCAAAGUCCUGCAUAACCAGCUUUGGCUGCUCCACAGCGCUGUGGCCGCUCACAGUCUGUCGUGUCACAGCUUCCUGCAGCACAACAUGCAGCGCGUGGACGGGGACCUGAGCAACGCCAGCGUGGACGCCCCCUCCUGGCUGGAGGACAGUUGACAGGGCCGCGCUGACCACGGCAGGAGGGGGGUGCACAGGGCGGCGGGUUUGGUUUUAGAAUUGACCGCUUGAUGUGAAAAUCUGAAACAGGUAAAUGUAUUGAUGGCAGGCUGAAAAGUGGGAUUUUGCUGCAGAAAUAGGAGCGUAAAUGUUUGUUUGUUUGAUGACUGGACUUCCUGGCUCUCACUGCCAGGUCUCAUAAUGUUGUGAAACCCAAUGUACUGUAUGUCUAAGUUUACAUUUCAAGGGUUCAUAUCUAUUUGUAUAAAGGGAUGUAUGGGAGCUGUUCUCAGCUACAGUGCUUUGACCUCUGACCUGCCUGACGAGCGCACGCUCACAUGCCACGUAGCCCUCCUGGAUUUCUUUCCUAUGUCUCCAUGUGUUGGGAGUAAAUCCACUAAUCCUCCGUGAGGCACUAAGCCUUUCUUUGAACUUAAAAAUCCUGUGCCAGCAGUCAGGAACCACAGCAGCUCAGAGUCACCAACCACCACCUACAGACAGCUUCUCCAGCAGCUGCUCAGCUUUUGUCUCUGAACUGAUUGCAGAAUGAUGUAAAUAUGAAGCCCACCAGUUACUGCACUACUGGACCAGUCUCUCUAAGUGCAGACUGAUACCAUUCUGUAUGUUGACAACUUCUUCACCUUUGUUGGUGUAGAAAGAUGCAAAUCAUUAACCAAAGUUUAGUUACGGUGUCUAAUUAAAGGCUAUAUUGUUAUUGUCUGUCCACUACACUACAUAAUGGGACCAUUAACAUGGCUGUAUAAUGGGACCAGUAUCCAGCCAGGCUCAGAUUAUUCAACCUGAUGCUGAACGCUUCAUUGGACAAGGUUUGGUGAAGUUGAUGGUGGUGUUUAUGUUAAAUAGUUCUGCAUUUGUUUACAUGAAAUGUAACAUCAAACACAACAACUAUGCAGUUACUAGUUAUCUAUUUUGUGCAAUAAUGUCCCCAAAGUCCUCUUCACCUGUAAAGGGACAUUUCCAUCCACUGGCCACUUUAUUAGGAACAGGACACCGGGUGCUGUCGGUUCCAGCAGCGCCUCCACGCUGACUUCUCAUCUUCACUUCACCUGCAGCGUCUGCAGUGGUGGUGGAGUAAAGUCACUUUAAGAGGCUUCUAGUGUUUACGUGUGGUCACCUGUACCUAAUAAAGUGGCCUGUGAGUUCACAUUGCCCGUCUGAUUCCUGCGUUUCUGUCGUGUGGUCAUUACUGACUGUAUCAACCCGCUGAGGAACGUUUGGCGUUUUCUGGUGGGGAUUUCUGUCUGCAGCAGUGGUUUUAGCCUCCUGCCUUUCCUCCAACAGACCGAUCACAGGUUGAUAACGGAUGGUUGUAAAAUCCUGUAGACAUGGACAGCAGACCCUGGAUCAGUGAGAAGCCAACAUGCAUCAAAACAAGGAGCUAAAGGGAGUUUAUGAAACAAUGACCAAAGUAUUUUAAAGCAUGUCAAUAAAGAAUGAUACAACACAAAG